AUGCACCGCUACUUCCGUCACGUGCAGGCCCGGAGCCCCGCCCAGCAGGCGCUGGGGCCCUUCGUGCCCAUGGCCGCGUGCGGGGCCUGGCCGCCCUUCGCGCACGCCUGCGCCGCGCGCUGCUGCCGCCCCGCCCCACCGCGCGUGUGCCAGGCGGGACACCCCGUGCUGCGGGCGGCCGGCUGCCGCGUGGACCCCGCGCUCAUCGCCAGCGCCGAGUGCAGGCGCCUGAUCCGGACGCUGGUGCGGGUGAUGCGGCGGCUGCCGUGCGUGGGGCUGAGCGCGCCCCAGCUCGGGGUGCCCCUGCAGCUCUUCGUGGCCGAGCUCCCCGAGCGGCUGCACCUGGCGACCGGCCCGAGCCUGCGGGCGGCCAGGCAGAUGGCCCCGUUCCCGCUCAAAGUGUUCGUGAACCCGUCCAUGCGGGUGCUGGACUCCCGCCUGGUCUCCUUCCCCGAGGGCUGCGAGAGCAUCGCGGGCUUUGCCGCCUGUGUGCCCCGGUACCAGGCGGUGCAGGUGUCAGGCCUGAAUGAGGCAGGAGAUGCCACUUCUUGGCAGGCAAGCGGGUGGGCGGCCCGCAUCCUCCAGCAUGAGAUGGACCACCUGCAGGGCAUCCUGUACAUCGACAAAAUGGAGAGCCGGACCUUUGUGAAUACACGCUGGACAGAGCUGAAUGACUGAGCCCCUCACGUGCCGCAUCAUGGGCAGCUGGAGUGACCAGCAUAGGUUGGGGUGUGCCCUCCACUCUGACCAAGGGCACGAUGGCUGCGCUGGGAGCCUCUGGCAGCAGGUGGAACCUCUCCCACUGACAGCAAGGGAAAUAAAUGUGUUCCACAGCUCAGCUGCAGUCUGAGAGUUCGGAGGGCUUGUGGCCAGGUGGGGGCCAACCCUCCCUUUCCCUCUGAGGCCAUGGCUAACUCCCCCCCCGUCCCCCGCUGGGAGCCCGAGCAGGCAGACAGGUACAUCUCCUGUGCUUUCCUAGCAGCCCCUGCCUAGGGCUGGCCCCUGGCUGCAUGGGCGAGUCCUGGUUCAGUUUAGCCCAGCACUUGGGGUAGUUUUAUGAUGUGCACCCACAGGGACCAAGCUGAGAGUAACUUGUCUUCCCUUCUGUCACUGCGCCAUGUGACACUGAGGCCUUAGGGGGAAAGGUGAGUGGAUGUAGCCCUCCCUCCUGUCAGCAGGAGCAGUCAUCUCCUGCUGGGAGAGGUAGCUGAGGGGUACCACACCAGUGCUGCUGCUGGCGCCCCCAGCUGGUUGCUACCUACAGCACCAGGCCUCCGUAGCAGGGAUGGAACACGCUUGCUGAGCCACAGGCCAGGGAGACUCAUUCAGCUUUAUUACAGCAAAUACAGAGAAAGUCUUUCACAAUUCCAGCCUGGUUCCUCCCCCACCGGUUCCUCACCUGCCCCGGCAGCCUGCUACUGCCACCCACUCUCCCCUGCAAGCUGGACGAGGCCAGGCCACUUCCUGCUCGUGGGCUAGGCUCCUCCCACUACCUGUGGCUGCUAGGUUCCCUCCAGGGUGCCAGAGCCAAUCUGCAAGAGAAGCCUGACGGGCAGCUCCCCUACGCGCAGCAGACUCUGCCUAGCAGAGAGCAGCUUUGUGGUGGACCCUAGCAGGGAGCUGUCUACCUGGGCAGGGGCUUUCUGACGGCAAGGCCUUCUAGCAGGAGUUCUCUUCCCUACUGAGAAGCCAGGCAGCAACUGCAUGAAACCCACGGAUGCUGAGAACAGGCCAUCUUAGUGCAGAGCAGAGCGAAAAGUGGAGGUCUUCCAAGAGCCGCCGCUGCUGCAGAGAUUUCGUUACAGAUGCUGCCCAAGAGCUGCACACAUUGAAACAGCCCCUGGAGCGCUGAGCUCCCAUGUAAAUCCAGCCCUCAGGUGAGCUGUUUCCCUAAGGAGGCCAGUGGGCAGCCCAGGGCGCAGUGAGCAGCGUGGAUGGGUUGGGAAUUAAAUUCACCUAAAAGGGUGUGAGAUGGGGGUCAUGGAGCUGAAAGAAAAACACUCAGGUUACAAGUAGGCUAUGGGUAAACUCCAGCCGUGACCCCCCGCUGGGCUAGCCCCUCUGCCCAGCCACUCAGCAGCCCUGCAUUGGACACUUUUCCUGCCCAAUCUGCACACACACCCCACCCCCUAGCACCUCUCCUGUAGGCAGCUGGGCCAGCCGAUCCCAUCCAUCCUCCCUGCCCUGCAGCAACCUGCCUGGCUGGGUUGUGAGCUGAGCUCGCAGCUGUGAUACUGCAACCCAACUAGGCAGCAGUGGGGAGUAGGGAGGUGGGACCUUAGUUAAGCACUGGGAGCUUCAGGCUGAUGAGAGGCCUUGCGCCAGGCACAUCACUCACCUCCAGGCUGGCUACAAGCCUCCAAGAGGGGUUGACAGUCAAACUGGCCGGGGGGAGGAAGAGCAAUUGAUGCUUUUCUCCCCCCACUGGCAUCUCAGGCUCUAGGACAAUGAUUCUCAAACUUUUGUACUGGUGACCCCUUCCACACAGCAAGGCUCUGAGUGCAACCCCACCCUCCCUUAUAGAU